AUUGGGGCUCAGCUACGGCCACACUAGCCCGUCAUACCGUGGUUCUUCUUCAUUAUUAUAUAAUUAAACCGAUGAGAAUCAAAACAAACCAGAAACCCAGUGUGUGAGUGGUUACAAUGGUACCGCGGCGGUAACCAAUGCGCACUUCUCCACACACCCGAGUUAAAGUUAGGAUAAUAUCACCAUGAAGGAUGAUGGCGCGCCGACUGUCGCCAAAACCACCGACCCUCCGCCCCCAAAUAGGGUUCCAUCUGGGCUUUCGCUAACCCCGCAAACAGCAAAGCCGCGGAAUGGCAGCGUGUUUUCGGAGCGGUUCUUCGGGGCCUUUCAGUGGGAGGAGUUCGCAUGCGGAUGCGGAGCAGCCUUCGUAAACAUCGCGGCCACAUAUCCCAUCUACAAGAUGAUCUUCCGCCAGAUGCUCCACGGAGUGCCCAUAACCUCGGCCUUUGCUCAGCUGCGCCACGAGGGACUGGGCUUCCUCUACCGGGGAAUGCUCCCGCCAUUGGCACAGAAGACCAUCUCGCUGUCCAUCAUGUUUGGGGUGUUCGAUGGAACUAGGAGAUACCUCGUGGAGGACUACCGCCUGAACGACUACGGGGCCAAGGUGAUCGCUGGGGUGGUCGCCGGCAGCGCCGAGUCCAUCCUCCUGCCCUUCGAACGAGUGCAAACCCUGCUGGCCGACUCCAAGUUCCACCAGCACUUCACCAACACACCCAACGCAUUCAGGUAUGUGGUGGCCAACCACGGCUAUCGGGAGCUCUACAGGGGACUUGAACCAGUAUUUUGGCGCAACGGCCUGUCCAACGCGCUCUUCUUUGUGCUCCGCGAGGAGGCCAGCAACAGUCUGCCCAAGAGAAAAUCCGUGUCCACUCGGACGGCCCAGGAGUUCUUCGCAGGCGCCGUGAUCGGGGCGAGCAUCAGCACAAUCUUCUAUCCGCUCAACGUGAUCAAGGUGUCGCUGCAGAGCGACAUGGGCCACAAGUCGGAGGGCAGCUGGCAGGCGUGCAAGCGAAUUUACAUAGAGCGCGACUGCCGGUUAGCGAAUUUCUACCGCGGCUGCGCCUUCAACACGGGCCGCUCCUUCAUCAGCUGGGGCAUCAUGAACACGGCCUACGAGAACCUAAAGAAGCUGAUGCACCAGUAGGCCCGGGUGCCCAAACUAGAGAACUGAGAACUCAGCUGAUUGUACACAAACGGUUACUUCUGCCUCUUAGCUAGCCAAUUCUUCAUUCGGUUUAAGUCUCGUUUAAGUCGCCUGUGUUGAGAUGCUGAAUUAUAGGUGUUAAUGUACAUACACACAUCCUUCGCGGAGACUCCUCCUCCUCCUCAUAUCUGUAUAUCAGUUCAGUUCAAUUCGCCCCGCGGAUGCCAAGUACAAUACAACGUGAGCAUUUAAAGGUACCCAAUCCACGAGAUACGGUUUAGUUAGCUACUAUACGAGUACGUGUAAAUAAUACUAGAUGAUGUACGAUAUAAUACGAGUGUGUUGUUUGUUCGCCGAUGACUUUGUGAUUCAUUGAAGUUACUAAAACUGAUUAAUUUACGCUGUAAAUUCAAUGUUCUUAAACGAAAAUUAAAGUGUAUUUGUAAUUACGA